UAAAACAGUCAUGUGGUCUACAUUUGGACUGAUUUUGGCGGUUUCCAUGUGGGCAUGCGCAAUGGGCUGGCUGACCCAGUACGACAUGCCGUUCAACUUCACAUGCCCGCCCGACCAGUUCUUGGCACACCUCAUGAGUGAGUACAAGCAUUACUACAACGACAGAGUUUGGGACUUCAAAUGCAGGCAUCCAGGAAAUGACGUCACACUGACAAACUGUGAAUGGUCGGGAUACGUAAACGAAUUUGACAGGCCGCUAAUUUACCAAUGUACCACCAGCGGAAUAAUCACGGGAAUAUCUAGCUACCACGAAAACUACUAUGAAGACCGAAGAUUCCGAUUCCAGUGCUGUCAGGCAUCAGGGUACUUGGUAACGAACUGCGAUUUCACACCGUACGUGAAUAACUUCGACGAACACAUGGAGUAUGUUGUAGAGGCGGGAAAAAUAAUGAGAGGAGCAGACGGCUACCACAACAAUAACAAAGAGGACAGACGAUGGAAGUUUGAAAUAUGUGAACUCGUGCCGCACUAAAUCGAAACGAACUUUUU